UGAAAACCUCUACGUGAACACACUUGGCCGAAAAAAGUGCAGGGGACGAAUUUACGUUUUAUUAAAAGAGAGGGGGGACACGACCCCACGUCCCCCACAUAUUCAACACCCAUGAGUGUUACUAAUUCAAUUCAAAUUAAUCGCUGUCAUUGUGAACGCACUUUCGGAGCUUGUUUGACAAGUACUACUAUAUGGGAAUGUUGUUCCAGGACCAGUGGACUUCAAUAAACUGUUGUUUUUGUGAGUUCAGAUGAAGAAGAUCGCUCGCAGACAACAGCAGCAGCAGCAACAGCAAGAACAGGAGCAGAUGGGCGGGACCAGGAGGGGCCCGAGCAGAGGGGGCCGCCAGAGUAACGAUGACAGCGAGGAUGGCUCCAGCAGUCACGGACUGGACGCGCUGCUCUCAUAUUCCUCUCUGCCACGCCAACAACUGCUGGCUUUGGAUCCCAACAUAUACGGUAGCGAGCAGUUCCGACACGGGCUCACGCCACCGCAGCUAGGCCCCGAGCAGAUGCACUCCUACGACUCCGAGACAGUUUUCCAUGACUUGGACAGCGAUGGAAGCCUCAGUCAUCUCGGGGACUGUCUCUUGUCGACUGCCGACAUUGGAGUUCUGGCAGGACGGAUAGGAAAUCCCAUUGAUCGCCUCUACUCGAUGCAAAACUCCUACUUUACCUCAUGACCCUGGUUCCACCUCCCUAAGCACUCCUCCACCACAGCAGGGGGCAACAAAUAGAUUGAGUCUCACUGCAGGCGUCUUUCAUCAUCAAAACUAAUUGAAUCUCUCAAUCGUAUCUUAGUCGUGCCAAUAAAGCUCUAACCAACCAAACCAAGACAGGAUCACACCCUAAAAAUUCAAUUUAACAUUGCCAGAAUGGGAGUUCACUGGAAAAACAUGUUUUAUAUCACAUAUAUGCACUAUUUUUUUUGCUCUGUAUUGCUUAAACAUUAUUGCGACAGUCAUAGGCGUGUAUCAGACAUCAGCAGGAAGCUGUUCAUGACGUGUAAGUGUUACCUCAAAACUCUGCUCACUGCACAGCUAACAAACUAAUCAAGGCUGUAUCCGAAAUCACCCCCUAUACUCUUAUUCACUAUAGAGUGCUGCAGUGAUGACGUAUUUUGUAGGCCUAACCCUGGAAACAAGUUGGCAUUUUAGCAUUUCCACUUCCACUGUCCUGAAGUCAAUGGCUUUUUU